GUAAGCCAGCCAACCUGCAAUGGGGCUGCUACUGCUGUAGGUAACCCAACAGCUCACACUUCUCUGAAGAUUUGGAGCUAGGUCUGCUGAGCCUCAGAAAACAUACGCCCAGGACUGUUAUUGUUAUGGAGACAAUAUUUUGAAUGUGACUUCUGAGAUCAGACUGUCCAGGCUGGGAUCCUGGCUCUAUAAUUCACCAGCUAUAUGACCUUGAGUGAUUCUUGAAUAUGUUGUUCUCAUCUGUAAAACAGGGAUGACAUUAACACCUACCUCAAACGAAUGAUGGCAGGUUACUUAAGCACAGGCAAAGCCUGUAACACAGCACCAGACACAAAAUUCUCUGGAUUUUUUUAUACUAAGUCAUCCUUAACUUCCCUCAAAAUGACAAACAGUUCCUCCCCCUGCACAGUUUACAAAAACCUGGAGCCAUUCACGUACUUUUUUUAUUUGGUUUUCCUUGUUGGAAUUAUUGGAAGCUGCUUCGCAGCCUGGGCCUUCCUACAGAAAAACACGAACCACCGGUGCGUCAGCAUUUACUUAAUUAACUUGCUUACAGCGGAUUUCCUGCUCACUCUGGCAUUACCAGUGAAAAUUGUUGUCGACCUGGGCGUGGCACCCUGGAAAAUGAGGAUAUUCCACUGCCAAGUAACGGCCUGCCUCAUCUAUAUUAAUAUGUACUUAUCAAUUAUCUUCUUAGCCUUCAUCAGCACUGAUCGCUACCUGCAGUUGAUACGCAGCUACAAGGUCUAUCGGAUACAAGAACCUGGGUUUGCCAAAAUGAUAUCAACGGUUGUGUGGCUAAUGGUCCUCCUUAUAAUGCUGCCAAACAUGUUGAUCCCCAUCAAAGACAUCAAGGAAAACCCAAACGUGGGCUGCAUGGACUUCAAAACAAAGCUUGGGGAAAACUGGCACUUGCUGACGAAUUUCCUGUGUGUGGCAAUAUUUUUAAACUUCUCCGCCGUUAUUUUAAUACCCAACUGCCUUGUCAUUAGACAACUCUACAGAAACAAAGACAAUGAAAGCUAUUCCAAUGUGAAAAGGGCGCUCAUCAACAUACUUUUAGUGACAGCAGGUUAUAUCAUAUGCUUCGUUCCUUACCACGCUGUCCGGAUCCCAUACACCCUCAGCCAGGUGGAAGUCAUAUCCGACUGCUCCACCAGGAAUUCACUCUUCAAAGCCAAGGAGGCCACACUGCUCCUGGCUGUGUCCAACCUGUGUUUUGAUCCCAUUCUGUACUAUCACCUCUCAAAAACAUUCCGCUUAAAGGUCACUGAAACGUUUACCUCACAUAAGGAGCCCAGGACCCAAAAAGAAAAGCCAAGAUGUGAAAAUGAUGCAUAAAAUGUGGAAUUUUUCAGAUGUGAGCAUUUCUUGACAAUAAGUUUGGAACUACUGGGAUAAAGAAAAUAUAUAUAUAUAUAUAUAUAUCAGUAAGCACAAAUAUAGACAGCCAACAAAUACGGCCUGGUUUAUUUAGAAACCUUGUUUCUAAAUACAAAACCAGCCUGUACUCUUGUGGUUGGUGAUGCCCCUAACCCAAAUACUUGUACAAAAGACUAAAGAGUCUUGUUGAGCCAAUAAAAAAAAACCCCUACAAAGUCCUUGAGAUCCAAAUGAGGGCGGUAAUAAAGACUCAGAGCUCUUCCUGAGGUAUUCAUUUAAAUGCCUGGGACUGACUUUUUGAUAAAAAUAUGCAAGAUGUUUUCUAUGAAAGUUGCAGAAAGCCCUUAACACACGACUUUAAAAGCUUUGAAAUCACUUUAUUUAAAAGGAAAAAGAAAAAACUGGCUGGUUUUGACAUGAAACUACCUGUGCCUAAUUUUAACCUAUCACGUCAAAGAUGGUAACCUUUAGGCUCACUAUUCCAAUGUUUGACAUCUAAUCUUUUUUCUAAUACAGUAACUAAAAAUUCUUAUUUAUAAAAAUACUUGGAAAUACAUGGAUGGCUUUUAAUGUACUGUAUAUACGUCAAUUUUCUCUGUAGGUUAAAAAUAAAGGUUUUUGACUAGUUGUUGCUAGUUACUGUCCAGUGACUCCCGACUCAGGGCAACCCCGUGUGCAGAGUAAAACUGCUCCAUAGGGUUUUCAAAGUUGUGAUUUUUCAGAAGCAGACUGCCAGCCAUCUUCCAAGGUGCUCUCUGGGUGAGUUCCAACCACCAACCUUUCAGCUAGUUAUGGACUGUUUACCCGUUUGCACCACCCUGAGAUUCCUUUUCUACUAUUGGUAAUGGGACAAACCUGGUGACUGCUUAUUUUACAGUAAUAGGAAACAGAUGGCCCUAUAAUAUUUUCAGGGGAAGCUUUGAAAUUAUACUAUUGAAACUAUUAUUGAAAUUCACAUCAAAGGAAUGAUAAAGUAGCACCAGCCAGAGGUCUUAAAAUAGACACUCCGAUUCCACAUAGCCAGGCCAUGUCAGGAACACAGCAUGGCUGGGUCAAUUAGUGCCGCUCACAUCCAGAAAAGACGAGCCUGACUCCCACGUGGGGCCAGCAUCUAAAGUACAAGUGACUCCAGCUUUCAGGAUCACACCCCUUCUAUCAAAUUCUCCACACUACCAGUGAUAGGGCAAGGUCUAAUGCUGCCAUUGUUGUUACCUGAGUCAGCCCAGCAAGGUGACCCCAUGGCACAAUGGGAUCACACUUUUGUAAUCCAUGGGGUUUUCACUGGCUGACUUUCAAGAAGUAGAUCUCCAGGCCUUUCUUACUAGUCUGUCUUAGUCUGGACAUUCCAAUGAAACCUGUUCAGCAUCAUGGCAACUCGUAAGCCUCCGCUAACAGACAGGUGCACUGGCCAGAACUGAAACUAGGUCUUCUACAAGGAAGGUAAGAAUUCUACUACUAAACCACCGCUGCCCCUAAGGAUUUAUUAACCUCCUCCCCCCGCCCCCACCCAAAAAAAGAUUCAAACCCAUUGCUGUUGAGUUGAUACUGACUCAUAGUAACCCUACAGGCCAGAGCAGAAGUGCCCCACAGGGCUUCCAAGGAAUGGCUGGUGGAUUUGAACCACCAACCUUUUGGUUAGCAGACAAGCUCUGAAAGACUGUGCCACCAGGGCUGCAAGGCUUCACUAGAUGGUAUUAAAUAAAAGACUUAAUAGGAAAAGAAGAAUGGGAAAGUUUAAGUAAGCAUACAGGAGACCCUGUGUUUGUCUGUUUUUAACUUUAUUAGUAAAAGCCCAUAUUCAAACAAUUGAUAAUAUAUUUGCAUAAGCUACCAUAAUUAAGAAAUGGUGUUCUAAGAGCUAAGAAAAUACAUUUAAUUCCAAACUCAGUUUUUAGCUAGACUAAAAUUUGACUAGAAUUAUUUUCUUUAGCGUUAACCCAAGAAAACUCCUGCCUUCGGUUUCCCAAAUAUAUUCUGAGACCAAAGAGAGCAAACAAUAAGAUGUAUAAAGUGCCUAUUAUAAAACUUCUAACAUGGUAAGUGCUGGGCAAAUUCCAGCUAGCCAGUAGGGAUGAGAGGGACCUCCAUCAGCACUGAAUAGCAACAUCAGACAUCUGACACAGAGUAUAAAUGACUCACCUAAGCUAUAGGCUGACAGAACACCUAGAUCCUAGAAUCUUUGCUCGCUGGGAGUCUAAUCAACACGUUUUACUGAUGGGCAGAUCAAGGCAUUGUUCACAUAAAUAUAUAAAAACCAAAUCAAACCUGCUGCCAUUGAGUCAAUUCCGACUCACAGCAACCCCACAGGACAGAGUAGAACUGCCCCAUAGAGUUUUCAAGGAGUGCCUGGUGGAUUCAAACUGCCGACCUUUUGGUUAGCUGCCGAAGCUCUUAACCGCUACGCCACCAAGGUUUCCACAUAAAUACAUACAUGAAGCUGUUGCUGUUAUUUUUCUGAAUCCUUUAGUCAAGUCCUUUCUCCAUGGGGGGCAAAAGCAUUUGUUCUGGACCAUAUUCUCCUCACACGCGUGACAGUUAUAGUCCAAAUUUCCCCUUUCGAUAAAGACAACCAUCAGUCUCUACUGCAUUCCUAAUGUCAAUGUUAUAUUAGUGUAACCUUUUACUUCCCCUUAUCAGUGGUUUAGUCUGAAUUACACUCACAUAAAGUGGUGGGGGAGGGGCAGGUAGAAAGUGGUUAAAAAUUUGCAUCUUAGAAUAUCAAUUGCCUAGCAGCCCUUUUAUGAUUGCACUCUACCCAAAUUACGUCAUAAUUCAUCAUGAGACCUGGUCAUCAGAAACAUUUAAAAACUGCUCAUCUAUUCAGCCAGUGAUAAACAAGAAAGAAUUCUGGCAAGUUCUGAGAGAGUUCAGAGAAAGCCCUGGAUAUAGAAGCAACAAAAAAGGGGUUCUUAAUUGUUCUUAACUAUAGUAAGAGAAAAAACCGGAAUUCAGUGAUUUUGAAAUCAUUUGGCGGGUUUUCUGAAAUGCCAAAAAAAAUUAUGAAAAUAUUUAAGUUGCAGACCAGAGACAUCCAGGAAGUAACAUAUCCUUCACAAUUACAUGUUUGAUACAUAAAAGCAGCACUCGAUUUUUGAAAAAAUGACUCAUCGAAAUCACACUUCAAAUUUAAUUCCAGGAAAAAAGUUAGUGAACCCAAGAAUAAACAUGUUUUUGGAUUUUGCCACAAUUUUUAUUACUAAUAUCAGAAAACUAACCUUGCUUCUCUUUAGAAGAAAGCACAUCACUCUGUGUUAUGACUCGAACUCUAAAUGUCCUACCAAGCACUUUCCACGUACUAGUUCACAAAUUCAGCAGGUCCAGAUCCAAGUCUAUCCCCCCCACAACCACUUCCAUGAAGCCUUACCCUACUUCUCAACCAGACGCGCUCUCUCCCUCCAACAUCCAUCCCGUGAUGGCCUACUUCAUAGCAGGCAGUGAGCUAAGAGGAAGGGACCCAUGAACGCCAAAUGGUUCAGCUUCCAGGAGCCCUUGGGUUUUUACUCAAUUGCUGCACUUAGUACAUUUCUUGUCAUUUUACAGAUAUUUAUCUCUCUCCUAUCUUAUUCAUCCUUCCUGUCCCCUGAAAUUCCUUACUCAUCUGUAUAACACCAAAAGUACCUACCACGAUACAGUGCACGCAAAAGCCACUCAGUAAAUGACUUUCAAAUGGCAGCAGGAAAACUGACAUUUAGACAACAUCUGCAGUGACUCAAGUGCUCUCGAUAAAAUGAUACUAAUAUAGAAAAUUCCAUUUAGCCUAGCAAACCAAUAAGCACAACACCACAAAGGCACUUUUCUAGUUCCAUUUGGGUUACAUCAGUACAUAAGAUAAAUGAUCAGAAUUAGAGCAAAAUGAGCAGCAAACGCAAAAACUCGCCUUCAGUCAGACGUAGCCGUCAGGCCAACAGCUGAAUAAUACGACACUCGACCAUUACAGAUCCUGUAAUAACAUAAUCAGGGUGCCAGCCAAUGGAAGCAACGACUUACCAGAGGUACAGGAAAAUGGGUUGCAUACUGCAAGUGACGGAGGAGGCCGUAAUUUGAUGGGAAAAUCAGCUCCCGUGGCUUUUCCCUCUUCAUCAACUUCUCACCAUUAACCGACAUUCUUCUUCCCAAGGCAGGGUUGGCAUUCUCACAGGACUCCCCAGGCAUGGGAGAAAAAAUCUAAGUCAUGUAAAACAAAUGUUGAAGAUUGUAAAUGAAAGA